AUGAUAGGAAAAAGGAUUUCUCGUAUAGGUGGCUCUCUUAUCCAAAGGGGCCCCUUGGGUGUCCAGCUGCGUGCCUUGUCAGUCACAAGUCUAGCAAAAGCCGACUCGCAACGGUCUACCCUGUCGACAAUAUGGGUGCCAACCGGGGGUAUCGCUGCUAAUGAAGAUGAGUUUGGCCAUGGAAAACUCGUUCGCGGUGGUUUCCUCCGGCAGGCUCACUCUGGUAUUUUCCAGCUUCUUCCUCUAGGCCUCCGUGUUCAGGAUAAGAUAGAAAAGCUGAUCGAUAAACAUAUGCACUCAGUUGGUGCAUCGAGAUUAUCUCUGUCAACCAUUUCAUCAGAAGAACUGUGGCGAAAGAGUGAUCGUCUUGAAUCUGUUGCGCCGGAGCUUUUCCGACUCAAAGAUCGUAAAAAUACUCCGCUGAUAUUGUCGCCCACACACGAGGAGGAGAUCACCACGCUUGUGGCCGGAAUCGUUAAUUCAUACAAGGACCUCCCAAUCCGACUUUACCAGAUCACCCGAAAAUACCGUGAUGAGCGUCGCCCUCGCCACGGUCUUCUGCGCUCACGGGAGUUCAUGAUGAAGGAUCUCUACACUUUCGACCUCACAACACUUGAGGCUGUGGAGACCUAUCGUCAAGUGUCUGCAGCAUACCGCGCCUUCUUUGAUGAGCUAAAACUCCCAUAUCUUGUGGCCGAGGCAAGCUCUGGUGAUAUGGGCGGUGACUUGAGCCAUGAAUACCACUUGCCGAGUUCUGUCGGAGAAGAUACCGUGGUAAAUUGUGACUCUUGUGGCUAUACGGCUAACGACGAAGUCGCUGCUCUCCGGCCCCCCUCUCCGGCAUAUGAUAGUUCGGAGAGCCCUCCGGCGUCCAACUUCCGUGUUUGGCGAGGCAUCUCUAAGGAUCGAAAAACCUUGAUCAAUGCUUGGUAUCCUCGACCAUCGGGGACCUCUGCAGAAAGUGGUCUCAAUCUUCAUGCUGUCAAAUCAGCUGUCCCUGAGCUGGAUGCCACUAUUGAGGAUCCGUUGCCACUUUGGGGAGUAUCACUGGAGAGCGGAACGACAAAAGUGAUCAAUGUUGUUGAUGGAAGACUUGUACCGGUAUUUGAAAGGGUUCGCGACCAGUUGCCGUUGUUACCCAAAGAUCUUCAACCAUUCCAAGCUGAGUAUUCAACAAUUGACAGUACAGCCUCUGGUGGCGGGCUGAAUUUGGCACGUAUCACUGAUGGCGAUGCCUGCCCUCGAUGUGAAGAUGGCGCAUUAAAAAUCCAUCGUGCUUUAGAGUGCGGCCACACAUUCCAACUUGGAACUCGCUAUUCAGUACCACUCGAUGCCUGUGUAACUUUACCACGCUCGGGGAUUCCGGCGACAGCUGCGGAAGAGGGACUGGCCCCAGGGAGUCGCAUUCCUCUACAAAUGGGCUGUCAUGGCGUCGGCGUUUCGAGAAUCUUUGGUGCUGUUGCAGAGAUUCUCGCGGACGAGCAGGGACUGAGUUGGCCCCGAGCCAUUGCACCGUUUGAGGUUGCGAUCAUAUUUACACCAGACUUAGCCGAAGAUUCUCUGAGAAUUUACGACUUGCUUGCCGCGGGCGACAAUUCGCGUAAUGGCUUGGACGUUGUUCUUGAUGAUCGCCAGCGAUCAUUUGUCUGGAAGAUGAAAGAUGCCGAUAUAGUAGGGUUUCCUGUCUUGGUUAUCAUGGGAAGAUCUUACAAAGAGAAUGGAACUUGCGAGGUUCAAUGCAGACGACUUUCGAUCAAGGAAACUGUAAAGCUUGACGCUCUGCCAGAAUUCAUCUCAAAUUUAUUGGAUCAGCUGUACAGCAAGGAGGUGUGCGGGCAAAAUCAAUCAGCGACAGUGCCUAUAGCACCCCCGUUAGUAGAAUUCAACAACCCCACGUCAUUUUAUUACUCAAGCGAGACCUUGGAGGGGCAUUCAAAGGCACCUAGAAUCAACCUCGAUACGCUAGAGCCCCAGCAGCUUGCCCAAGUCAAGAAGCAGCUUGAUGAAGAGCUCGAGCACUUGACGACUUCGUUCGCACAACUCCAUGCCGCCCAGAACAAGUUUAAAGACUGCCUCCAAUGCGUGAAAAGCCGCACUGCCGCUCCCGAGGGAUCCAACUCUGUACUGGUUCCUCUCACCAACUCACUCUACGUUCGUGGUGAGCUCACAGAUGCCGAUACUGUAUUGGUGGAUGUAGGCACUGGAUUCUUGGUUGAAAAAAAACUCAAGUCGGCCGAAAAGUUCUACGAGAGCAAGGUUGAGGAGCUGGGAAAUAACCUGAAAGAUCUCGAGGUUAUUGUCCAACGGAAGCAGACAAAUGCACGAACGAUUGAAGAAGGCAUGUUUUUCUCGCAGCUUCUACUAGGAGCAAGGCUAAUUUGA